UCCCAUCGCUGAGAGAGCGGAUUGAACGGGUUGAGGCGUCGCUUUUCAGUUUACAGCAUCAUCAGCACCACAACCCCGGACCGCUGGGGAACAAGCGUUUCAUUCUCCUACUCUUUUAGAAAUCCGCCCCAAAAACAUGUCUGUGGGUAGUGACUUUGGGAACCCCUUAAGAAAAUUCAAACUGGUCUUUCUCGGGGAGCAAAGCGUUGGCAAGACGUCUCUGAUCACGAGGUUCAUGUAUGACAGCUUUGACAACACAUAUCAGGCCACAAUCGGAAUAGACUUCCUUUCAAAAACGAUGUACUUGGAAGACCGAACGGUGUGUCUCUCUGAUCCCCAGGUGAGGUUGCAGCUGUGGGACACGGCAGGACAGGAGCGCUUCAGGAGCCUCAUACCCUCCUACAUACGAGACUCUACUGUGGCCGUGGUGGUGUAUGAUAUUACAAAUGUGAACUCCUUCCAGCAAACUUCCAAAUGGAUCGAUGAUGUCAGAACAGAGAGAGGAAGUGAUGUCAUUAUCAUGCUCGUCGGCAACAAAACAGACUUGGGAGAUAAGAGGCAGAUCACCAUAGAGGAAGGAGAACAGCGGGCCAAGGAGCUCAGUGUCAUGUUUAUUGAGACCAGCGCCAAGACAGGCUACAACGUCAAACAGCUGUUUCGGCGCGUGGCAGCUGCCCUUCCUGGGAUGGAGAGCAUGCAGGAGACAAGCAAAGAGGGAAUGAUUGACAUCAAGCUGGACAAACCACAGGAGCCUCCAACCACUGAAGGCGGGUGCUCCUGUUAAUCCCAACACCGGAUUGGGCGUCUUCAUCUACACCACAUGCUUGUAGUGUUGGUUUGCCUCCAGUUGAGCUUUCAGAUUGGAAUUCAUCUUAAUAUUGGUCAUCAGUUGGAAACUAGCGUUGCAUACAUUUCAGUUGUAAAAUAGUGUACUUUAUUAACGGAAUUGCCAAAAAGUCUUACAAAUUUACAAAGUGAUCAACAAAAAAAAGCCCCUUAACCCCCCAAACAUGUGAACUAUACUUUUUAGAUAAAAAGUAGAAUGGUAGUUAAUUUUUUUUUUCUUUUGUAUUUUUGUAUAUUAAAAUAAAUGCUCAGAAAAGUUGCAGAUGAUCAAGCUCUCCACUUGCAUGUGUCCCAAAUGGCACCCUAUUCCCUAUAUAGUGCACUACUUUUGAUCAGAGGCCAUAUGGGCCCUAUAACGGGAAUAGGGUUACCAUUGUGAUGGAAGGAACGAGCUGCAUGGAACAAGCAGUCCAACGGAUAGACAGAGGGCACCCUAUUCCCUAUGUAGUGAUCCGUAGGGCUCUGGUCAAAAGUAGUUCACUAUGUAGGGAAUAGGGUGCCAUUUUGGACGCUGUAUAUCUAACGCACGCAUGCCAAUUAUUCCUUUUUUUUUAGGUACUAUUGUGGUGUCUACUAUUGUACACAAGUUUGAAUAUGUAAAUGAUAUUUAGUCAUGUGACUUAAUGCACCAGUUUGAAUAUGUAAAUGAUCUUUAGUCAUGUGACUUAAUGCACCAGUUUGAAUAUGUAAAUGACCUUUAGUCAUGUGACUUAAUGCACUGUUUGAAAAUCUCUCGUUAUUCUUUUUUUUUUUUUUGACUUCGCAAAAUGCUGUGAGUGAAACUGGAUUUGUACACUUGAGUUUAGACCAUCUUCCAUUGUCAAAAGUGUGUUUGCUAGUGUAUAUAGCAACUGUAGAAUGCAACCAUCCAUAGAGGGCAGCUGCCAAGCUAGCUGCCACAUCGCUAGCUGCCAAGCUAGCUGCCACAUCGCUAGCUGCCAAGCUAGCUGCCACAUCGCUAGCUGCCACAUCGCUAGCUGCCAAGCUAGCUGCCACAUCGCUAGCUGCCACAUCGCUAGCUGCCAAGCUAGCUGCCACAUCGCUAGCUGCCACAUCGCUAGCUGCCACAUCGCUAGCUGCCAAGCUAGCUGCCACAUCGCUAGCUGCCACAUCGCUAGCUGCCACAUCGCUAGCUGCCACAUCGCUAGCUUCCACAUCGCUAGCUGGUUUGUGUUUCUCUCACUGCCUGUCACUCCUGUAGCUCCUGCACUGUAGAAUACUAUCCGUGUCAUCGUGACUAGGUGUGUAUCCCAAAUAGCACCCUACUCCCUAUAUAAUGUAGUCCCCUGUAGCUCAGUUGGUAGAGCAUGGCGCUUGC